GCAUAAACUGACGAGCGCGACCUGAUCAGCAUGGGGAAGAUCUACCAGGUGGUGGUUCACGGUCUGAGGGGGGAGAAGAUGGUGAUCGAUCUGUGUAACACCGAGGAGCAGAUGCAGAAGAUGACGGUCCUGCAGCUAAAGGAGAAGAUCGCGCAGAGACUCCCUGAGAGCGCAGGACAGGAAUCUCUCCGUCUGAUCUUCACCGAUAAGAUGUUGGAGGAAGACUCCAAGCUGCUGUCCGACUAUGGAAUCCAGAACAUGUCUGUUAUCCACAUGGUGAUAAAAGUUCCUGGAGGACUGCAAACGUCUGCCCUGUGAACGCCUGCUGCUGCCUUCCUCCGCCAUGUUCUGGACUUUUAUUGGUUCUGUUUCUGUUUACAGUUUUAAAGUGUUGUUAAGUAAAAUUUAAAAGCAAUAUAA